AUGCUCGAGAAACGGGCAAAGAAAGCUGUCGAGAACAGAGCCAAGUCCCCAUCCGACCUAUCUGACGGCAUUGUAUUCCACCACCUCCUCGAAAUCUUAGACGAGCAGUACGAUGGCGAGCGGUUCGAGCAACACUUAGAUGCCUCAAACGAUGACCAAGAUCAUACUUCGCGUGGGCUGCAUAUCAUAUGCGCCGCGCUCAACAAAUUCGCCAGCAGGGAGUGCCCCGACAUCAAACCCCUUGCCGAGAGGAUAGACUCGCACCGCAUCGAUGGUGACCCAAAGCGCCUUCUCGAUGUUUUGACGGUACUCCUGAGUGCUUCAGUCAUGCUGGAGAGCCUAGACAAGCGUAACGAAAAUGUUCAGCUUAUCACCACCGACUUACAAGCCAGCGGAGGCACCAUCAUGGCUCUCAUACAGGGAGCUCAGGAACUCAUCAAGUCGGACGAUACGGCCGAUGGAGCAGAUUCUAGCAUGCCUGCGGGCCAGGAGACCGGUGAUGACUAUGACAAUGAUAAUGAGCUGCUGCUGGAGCAGGAGCGGGCACACUGGCAACACGAAGCUGAAGAGGCGCAUCGCCGUGCAGCGAACCUCAAGUUGCGCUUAGAUCGUCUGCAAGACAACCAUGACGAGAUGAUGGACAAGCACGCCAAGCUCCAGGACGAGAACGAAGAGCUGCGCAAGCAGAUCGAGUCUGAAAUGGGCAACUACGACAAGCAUCGUCUACAGCAGCAGUUGCGUGAUGCUGAAGCUGUCAUUGCAAACCUGGAAGAGCGGAUCGAGACUUCGCGUGACGAGAUGAUACGUCUCGAGCGGGAGAACAAGACCUUGGAAACAAGGGCCAAGAAGGCAGACGCUCUGGCCGACGACAAUCAAGAACUCAAGAUUAUGAUUGACGACUUGACCAAGAAGGCGAACAUGGCGGAAAACUAUCGCAAGAAGGUAGAGGCUUUCAGGGAACAAGAGGUGGAGCUGCAGAGCCUCAGGAACGACAAGUUCGACCUUGCAGGCAUCACAGAGCAGCUCCGCCAAGCCGACCAGAAGAUCAAGCAAUACCGCCGUGAGGCCUCCGAGUAUUCGAACAAGAUGCAGCAGUACGAGCUCGAGUAUGCCAGUUUCCGCGACCAGAAGAGCUUGUGGACCAGCGAGAACACUGCGCUAAGGAUGCGGGUGCAAGUCCUGGAAGAGCGUGCACAAUCUGACGAGCAAAUCGUCAAGGACCUCCAAGAGAAAAUCAUGAUGGUGGAUCCAUCCGCUGCCUUGGAAAUGCGGCCUGCCAUUGGUUCGAGCUCUCUCGAGGAUGAGCUGAGCGAGAACCCGCCAGCGGUGUCGAUGAAGGACCUUGAGAUCCAGCGACUACAAGCAGAGAACACACUCCUCAGAAGUAGCAUUGGAACCGAGGGUGAUAAAGGACAGCUGCUUGUGGAAAUGGAGGAUCUCAAGUCCUCCUACAGGACACUCCAAGAAAAGUUCAACGAAAUGACCGAGAAGCACAUCUUGGGCCAGAAGCAGAUUGAUGCACUCAGCAAAGACAGGGAUAGUGGUUACCACGAGCUGAGGACACAGUUUCUCGCAGAGCAAGCCGAAGUCAAAGCUCUCACAUUCAAGCUGCAAGCCGCUCAACAGGAGCUCGCCGACAAAGAUCGUGAUCUCGUUGCCGCACGCGGCGACUUGAGCACCGUCGAGAAGGCGACACUCGAGCAGUUGGAUGAGCUGAAGCGGACGGACGGCAUGUUGGCAGUUUCCCUGCGUACCGAACUUGAUGCCAAGAGAACCGAGUUCAAGUCGCUCAAGGAUCUUUAUGAGAACGCUCAGACUCAACUUCUUAAUACCCUUGUCGACAGGGACGAGGUGCGCCGGCAGAAGGAGGAGCUUGCUCGACAGCUGCAGGGACAGCCUGAAGGGCCGGGCGAGUUCAUGACCCAAGAGAAGUUUGAGAAGAUCAAGCAGCGCCACAACACGCUGAAAUCGCGCAUCGACGAGAUGGAAACCAAGAACCGCGAGCUAGAGCGCACGGUCAAGGAACUGCGUUCUGGCUCGGAACUUGUCGCAGAAAAGGCCCAACGGGAUCAGAAGAUCAAGCACCUGCAGCGCGAGAACGCACUCCUCACGUCAGCGUGGUACGACUUGAACAGCAGGAUGCAAAGCAACCAUGUCGUCCUCCAACGGCGCCAAGAUAUGCCGAAGAGCUGGCUCAAUAAACAGAGGCAACUAGUGAAUGGUACGUGUCACCCCGCCGACCCUUUUCCUUCACUAAACGGUCCGCUAUACUUACAAGAUUUAGCUACACCACGGAGGUAG